GUUCACGACGGGUGUUUGAUGUGUACAGGCGUCUCUAUCAAUGUCCCCCAUGAACAUCUUCAGACACGGAGCUGACGAGGAGAAGGCCGAGACCGCUCGACUGUCUUCAUUCAUUGGUGCCAUUGCUAUUGGAGAUCUGGUGAAGAGCACUCUGGGUCCUAAAGGAAUGGACAAAAUCUUAUUGGGCAGAGGUGACGUCACAGUGACCAAUGACGGAGCAACCAUCCUGAAAGCCAUCGGUGUUGAUAACCCUGCGGCUAAAGUGCUCGUGGACAUGUCUAAAGUUCAGGACGAUGAGGUGGGUGAUGGGACGACGUCGGUUACAGUGCUGGCCGCUGAGCUGCUGCGGGAAGCCGAGCUCCUGAUCGCCAAGAAGAUUCAUCCUCAGAUCAUCAUCGCCGGAUGGAGGAAGGCCACUCAAGCCGCCCGUGACGCCCUCAGAGAGGCAGCGGUGGAUCAUGGGAACGAUGAUGCUAAAUUCCAGGUGGAUCUGAUGAACAUCGCCCGCACAACUCUCUCAUCCAAGCUGGUCACUCAUCAUAAAGAUCACUUCGCUAAUCUGGCCGUAGAAGCCGUGCUCCGACUCCGAGGCUCCGGCAAUCUGGAGGCCAUUCACGUCAUCAAGAAACUCGGAGGCAGUUUGACCGACUCGUACCUGGACGAAGGAUUUCUGUUGGACAAGAAGAUCGGCGUCAAUCAACCCAAGAGGAUCGAGAACGCUAAAAUCCUCAUCGCCAACACCGGGAUGGACACGGACAAGAUCAAGAUCUUCGGCUCCAGGGUGCGCGUGGACUCCACGGCAAAGGUGGCCGAGAUCGAGAUGGCCGAGAAAGAGAAGAUGAAGGAGAAGGUGGAGAGGAUCCUCAAACACGGCAUCAACUGCUUCAUCAACAGACAGUUGAUCUAUAACUAUCCCGAGCAGCUGUUCGGCGCCGCCGGUGUCAUGGCCAUCGAACACGCUGACUUUGUGGGAGUGGAGCGUCUGGCUCUGGUCACAGGAGGUGAGAUCACGUCCACCUUCGAUCAUCCGGAGCUGGUGAAGCUGGGUCAGUGUAAACUCAUCGAGGAGGUGAUGAUCGGAGAAGAUAUGCUCAUCCACUUCUCUGGAGUCGACAUGGGUGAAGCGUGCACUAUUGUCCUGCGCGGAGCGACGCAGCAGAUUCUGGACGAGGCCGAGCGCUCUCUUCACGACGCUCUGUGUGUUCUCGCUCAGACUAUUAAAGAGCCACGCACCGUCUAUGGUGGAGGUUGCUCAGAGAUGUUGAUGGCUAAAGUGGUCUCAGAUCUGGCCAACAGAACAGCAGGUAAAGAUGCGGUUGCCAUGGAGUCGUUCGCUAAAGCUCUCAGGAUGCUGCCCACCAUCAUCGCAGAUAACGCGGGAUACGACAGCGCAGAACUGGUGUCUCAACUGAGAGCCGCUCACCAGGACAACAAGAGCACGUUUGGACUGGACAUGACCCAGGGCACGAUCGGUGACAUGGCGACUCUGGGCAUCACCGAGAGCUUCCAGGUGAAGAGACAGGUGCUGCUGAGCGCUGCCGAGGCGGCCGAGAUGAUCCUGCGUGUGGACAACAUCAUCAAAGCCGCUCCCAGGAAGCGUGUGCCCGACCAUCACCCCUGUUAAAGGCACGCAUCACACUGUGGGUGUAUUUAUUAACGGACGUCUGGCCUCCGUCAGCUCUUCAGUUUGUGGUCUUGCUGUAGUCGCACUUGACAAGCGUCAGUUGUGUCUCGCUGUCUCUGCAUUGCUCAACCGAGCCAAAGCUUGCUCUUUUCUUUACUGAAUAAAAAACGAUUGACAAAGA